GAGCUACAGCGCCGUUUCCUAACACAAUUGUUUUUGUUGUUUUUUUCUCACUGUUGAAGUGCAAUUGUCAAAGGUUCGCUGGUGCCGAAAUUUUUGCCGGCCUUUAUAGCAUUUUCGGGUUGAACUGUCUUUUUUUAGCGACGGUGAUUGAUCAACAUGGUGCGUAUGUACGUGAGAAAAACAACACGGGGGUGUUGGGACGAGCGGCAGAUGGUGGCGGCGAUGAACGCAAUAUUGGCGCGUAAAAUGGGUUAUUCAAAAGCGUCAAAGACGUUUGGAACUCCGAGGUCGACGUUGAGACGAAUAAUGAAGAGAUUGGAGGCAAACGGGGAAGUAAACAUCCGUGUGCCAUUAGGAACAAACGCAUCGGUAUUUACGAAGGAGGAAGAGAAGUAUCUGGUGUCACAUUUAAAUUCGAUGAACAGUCGAUUAUUCACGGUGACGAUACCUAUAAAGCGUAAAUUGGCGUAUCAAUUGGCGACGAAAAAGCACAAAUCGCACAAAUGGAAGGACAACGUGGCGGGUCGCGAAUGGUUGCGAGAGUUUGUCAAGCGUCACAAAUUGAACUGUCAGUCGAUAGGUCGACCGGUUACGAAGACUAAAUUGGCCUGUUUCAACAAAGAAGCGGUGAUGAAAUUUUACGAGGCGUUGGGCGAGCUUUAUCUCAAGUACAAUUUUACAGCUGACCGAAUAUAUAAUUGCGACGAGACCUCGAUAAGCUGCGAUACGAAUAAAUCCCAGGGUAACGUAAUCGCAAUUGCCACAGACAGUGCAAAGCCGAGCGUUUCUUCAGGAACAACGAGAGAUUCGGGUCACACGAUUACGGUCGAGGUUUGCAUGAGCGCGACGGGCCUUUUUAUGCCGCUGCUAUUCGUUUUUCCGCUGAAAUGUCACGAGCCUCAGUUCACGAGCAAUUUGAUACUACCUUGUUAUGCCCAGUGCAACGAGACCGGUUGGAUGAACAGUGACAUAUUCGCCGGUUGGUUGAAACAUUUCGUCAAAUUUUCACGAGCUACCAAGGAGAAUCCCGUUCUUUUAUUGAUGGACGGGGAUUCGAGUCAUACGACUAGUCUGGAUCUCCUCGAAACCGCAGAGAGCAAUGGCGUCGUAAUGCUGUGCUUGCCCGAAUAUUGUACACACAGAAUAGGCCCCCUUGAGGUUGAAUUUUUUGGCACCCUCAGCAAGCAUUAUGUCUCAGCCUCGAAAGAGUGGGCCACCGCACAUGCCGGACAAUCGCCUGGAGUUUCUGAAAUUCCUAUUCUCUUUGAGCAAGCUUUCAUUCAAUCCGCGACCCUCGCGACCGCCGUUGUUGCUUUCCGGAAAACCGGCAUUUGGCCUUUCAAACCGAACACUUUUAGUGAUCACGAUUUCACUGGUAUCGGAACUUCGUUACUCCCUCAUCAAAUCGCCACCGCCUCUUCCUUUCAACACAACAAUCAAACGACCAAUAACAACAACAACAACAACAACAACAACAACAACAACAACAAUCAUAUUAGUAGUAGUAAUAACAAUAUUAACAACAAUAAUCAUAAUUUAUCGGUCCAAUCACAAAGUCAGAACAAUCUGAAAGAUUCCAACGUUUCUGUUCCUCCUGGAUCAUCGUGGAAAUUAACGAAUAAUUGUGCGCCUGCGAACGAAAUGAGAGCGAGCGUACAUGGUAAUUGUGUGGAAUCGGUGACUGGAGGACAACUUCAGCCUCCGAGGAAGCGAAUGUAUCCGGAGCCUCAAUCCGUGCCGUUGCAUAACUAUCAAUCGAAUAAUUAUCAAGACUCUCCGCUUGCUGGACCAUCCUGGAAACCACCCUUGGUCAAUCCCGUGAACGAGAUGAGAUUGUCAGCGUCAUCGGCAUACGUCGAGGCCGUUCUCGGUGGACCACAAAAUCACCCGGCGAGAAAUGUCGAACAGUCCGAAGGUCCUGGAUGUUCCAACGAUCCGGCGAUGUACAGUAUAAUUCCUCAUAUGUUUUUGUAAAGCAACUACUCCGCAGAUCGUAUCGGCGAAUUCAUUAAAUCGGGCCGAGGAUCGCAACAUCCACCGGUUUUCCAUAUACAUUUGAGAAAUAAAUUUUUACUCUCGAUUAGAAAUCAUCGGUAACGCAACAUUCGCAUGUAGCAAAAUAAGUCCUGUGAUUUCGAACUUUCGGACUCAGAAAUUUGAUUUCUCAUCCGUCUCGAUUUUUUUUUUCUCGAGAAAAACAAAGCGUUAAAUAGUAUUAUUUUUGAUGUAUCGAAGAUAUAUUAAAAUAGUUUUUUCGAGGUACCUAUUUUGUUUGUAAUUUGAUUUAUUUUUUAUAAGACUGUUUACUUAUUUAAAAUGGCUUCGAACAUGACUAACUCGAAUCGUGACGGGAUCUGUUUUCAUUUUUUAUUAGCGCAUCUUCCAUACAUCGUUCGGAUAAGACAUUUAUACAUUAAUUUUAAUUUACAGCAAAAGACAUGUACAACUAUAAGACUCAUUUAAGAUACGUACUGUAACAACAUUUAUUCAUUUAUAAUUAAUAAACGCCGCAAUGCGAAAUCGA